AUGGAGUCGUCUUGGAGCAAUAGUUUGGAAGGAGGCUUUUGGGUUUCUGAUAAUGGCCUCGAAUUCCCAGUUGAAACCCUGAAAAGAACCACAAAUAAUCCUCAAACUGAGAGGAACUUAAUCCCAUUCUGUGAAGGGGAAUUAUUCAUGGUUGAUAUGAUGUGGAACUCUCUAGUAAGUUCUUCAAGUGCUGACAAAGAUGAUGAAGAAGAUGAUGGUGUUAUCAAGAUGUUAUCAUCUGAAUCUUCAUUGCCAUCGAAAAGACCCAGAACUGCAAAUCACGAAGAAAUUAAGGGAAGACAAUGUUCUUCACCGACAUAUACACAACAAGACAUUGUGAUGAAGUUUAGUUCGCAGGUUCCUGUCUGCCAAGUUCAUGGCUGUAACAGAGAUCUUAGAUCCUCUAAACACUACCACAGAAAGCAUAAAGUGUGUUCUGAGCAUUCUAUGGCUGCCCAAGUUGUUGUUAAUGGAGCUGAGCAGCGUUUCUGCCAACAAUGCAGCAGGUUUCAUAUAAUUGCAGAAUUUGACGACAAAAAACGCAGUUGUCGCAAGCGCCUUACACAGCACAAUGAGCGCAGACGAAAGCCUAUGAACCAAAUUCACUGGGGGCCUGCAGCAAGGUUCUUAGAUAUGUCUUCCCAGAGGCUGCCAAUACCAUUCCACUUUCCUGCAGAACUUUCCCAAACUUAUUUUUUCCAUGACAUCUAUGGGAAGAACAGUAGCUGCCAAAUUGAAUCAACAGUGCAACAAUCAAAUGCUCACACCAAUGCCAAUCAGCACAACCCACAAAAACAAGCUUCCAUGGAAACUUUAUCAGCUGCAGGCCGAAAAUCCAGACGUCGUGCUUUCUCUCUUCUGUCAGCAGAACCAACUAGAUUCACAUUACAUGGCUGCAAUGGAGGUUUUAACAAUGGAGCUGAUCAGCCAGAAGGAAAUUGUCAAGAAAGUGGACCUGUUCUUGAUCUGCAACAGCUAUCAGCUCUGUUCCAAAGGGUGCAGCAGCAGCAGCAACAGGAAUUGCCUUCAUUUUGA